CCUGUUCCCUUCUUGUACCCUCCUCUUGAGAUUGAGAGGUGGAAAGGGAGGUUUCGGAUCUCUUUUGAGAGGGGCUGCCACCAAGGCUGGCCAAAAGAAGACCAACAAUUUUGACGCCUGCCGUGAUAUGAGUGGAAGGAGGCUUCGUCAUGUGAAUGCAGAGAAAAAACUUGAGGAAUGGAAGGCUGAAGAAGAGGAGAGGAGGUUUGAGAAAAUUGCAGAGGAGUUCUUGAAGAAGCAGUCGAAUAGUUUGAAGAAGAAGAAUGGCAAGGAUGUGGAUAAUUAUCUGGAGAAGUAUAGGGAGGAAACUGCAAAGUCUAUGGAAGAAGUAGAUGAGGCUGUUAAGGCGUCGAUUGAUUUAUGCAAGGGGGGAAAGCGUAGGGUUUUGCAUGAACUAGAAGCAGGAUCAAAAAAGCUAAAGCUCUGGAUGCUUGAAGAAGAGGAAGAAGAUGAUGACGAGGAUGACAUGGAUGGGAAGUCUGUAGUCGUUGAUGAAGGAUGUUCUACUCAAAGAGAGUCUUUCAAUAAGGAAGAGUGUGCAAGUCACGAUAUUUCAGUUACCAGUGGUGCUUCUUGCUCAUCAUCCUAUCGGUCCCUGAAGAAUGACUCCUCGGAUAGUGAUUUGACAGAGAAUGAUUCACUCAAUUCUCUUGAGGUUAUAUCUGAAGAGACAGAAGAAAACUCUGCCAAGGGUACUGAUGAAUGUCAUGAGCUUAGUCUUUCAGGUAGUGUUGUUGCUGAGGGCUGUUUGGUUGGGGAAAUUAAUGCUCACAGGGAAGAUAAAUUUGAAGAAGCUUUGGAAGGAAAUAAGGAAAAUGGUUGUAAUUUUGAAGAAGCCUUGGAAGGAAAUAAGGAAAAUGUUUGUAAUGGGAGCACGAGUGCUCGUGGUUCAGAGAUGCCUCUGAACUUUGACAAUUUCAAUGCACCUCCAGAUAUGGAGGUAUGGAUUCAUAAGGAGCAGUCUAUUUCAUAUGUUCUUUGACAUCUUAUUGUGUGUCAAUUUAUUUUGUUGUAUGAAUUCCAGUCCCCCCAAAUGUGCCAAUCUGAGAUAUGACAUCUUUUUGAAUUCUAAUUCCAGUCC